GCUGCACACUGCUGGUCCCUGCUGCUCUCUGCUGCUCCCUGCUGGUCACUGCUGCUCACUGCUGGUCCCUGCUGCUGCUUCUGCUGCUUCUGCUGUUUUUACUCCAGACUCUGCACAGCUGCACACUUUUGUGGUAGAGGAGCUGAUGAGGAAGAUCGAGAAAGAGGAGGAGCUGAUCUCAGACGACGAUCCAGAUAAGAAGGUCUUCCACCUCUGCAUCGUCAACCUGGUCAUCGGGGCAUUGUACUGUGCCAAAGGGAACUACGACUUCGGCAUCCCCCAUGUCAUCAAAAUCCUGGAGCCGUACAACACAAAGCUGGGAACGGAAACAUGGUUCUACGCCAAGCUCUGUUUCCUGUCUCUGCUGGAGAACAUGUACAAACACAUGGUCAUGCUAAAGGGACGCUGCGGUACAGGAGUGUAUUCAGUUCCUGGAGCACUGCGAGGUGUACGGUAAAGAGGUUCCUGCCAUCAUCAAGCAGCCUCUGGAGGAGGUCCACAUUCACAUCAGCAAGAACACCGCCCCCCAAGAGGCCCGGCUGCUGAAGGCUCUGUUCUACGAGGUCAUUGGCUGGAACAAGUGACAACAUCACAAAGGUGUCAGCAAGAGGUUUGCAGACUUCCAUGAAGUGGAUAAGUGACGUCACUGAGCGUAGCGAGCGAUUUCAGUGCCUCUGUAAUUGAUGCGAAAGACAGUGGGUUGGAGGCAGGAGACGCAUCACACACGUACUGGUACACAAACACACACACACACAAACACACUCUUGUAUUUUGAGUUAAGCCUUCUGUACAAGGGAAUCAAAUUUCCAGUUCCUGACUUCAUUUGGGCAGCUUCUCUCUCUCCUCUCUCUCACACACAUCCCAGGAAGGACUUUUAUUUUGAAGUUGAGCUGGGCGAUUUGGACUUCAACAGAUCUUGUUUUAUCAGUUUCUGUCUUCUCUAAGUUCUGACUCACUUUAACCGAGGCUUCCCCUCGCAGAAGUCAAAGUCAGAGUUGAUUUGUAUUUAUUGUCAUAACUACCGUCUGAUAUGAACGAUAAACAUGUUCAAAAAAAGACAGAAAACUUUGUUUUAUCGGUUGUUUAUUCUCUAACAUGAAACACAUGAUAACAUUUUGUAUGCAAGUUUAUUAACAUGCAUUCAAAGUCCAUGCAUAUACCCUCUGAUGUCAGUGCUGGCCCUCUCUGCGGCUCUGUAUUUAAUACGUUUGUGAAAAGCAAUUAUUUAAAGAAAAUAAAGAGUAUUAUUUUUGGAUGAA